AUGAAGGGGAAGGGCUGGUUCGGGCUCUGGGCCAACUGCUCCGACCUGCCCGCGCACCACUACGUGCAGUGCUUCAUCGAGCAGAUGACCCUCGUCUACGACCCCGCCGCCAACGACUACCGGAACCUCCCCGGCGUCGAGACGCGCGUCCUUAGACACGAGCUCGAAAAGGCCGGGUACCGCGACGGCGACACCCUGUUCGCCGCCCAGUACGACCUCCGCUACGCCCCGCCGGUGCCCGGCCAGUCAUCGGAGGUCUUCUCGCGCUACUUCCGGCGGCUGACGAGGCUCAUCGAGGACGCGAGCGAGAAGAACGAGAACAAGAAGGUGAUCCUCUUCGGGCACAGCUUCGGGGGGAUGGUGGCUCUGGAGUUCGUGCGGAGCACGCCCAUGUCGUGGCGAGACAGGUACAUCAAGCACCUCAUCCUCGUCGCUCCGGUGCUGGCGGAAGGGCUCGUCGUUAACGCUGCAGAUGUUCGUCUCCGGCUCGCGCUGAUUCUGAGGCCCAUGUGGAGGAGCUUCGAGUCCUCCAUCGUCAACUUCCCGUCCCCGGCGGUGUUCGGGGACAGGCCGCUCGUGGUCACCGCGCGGAGGAACUACUCUGCCUACGACGUGGAGGACCUCCUGGCCGACAUCGGCUUCGGCGCCGGCGUGGAGCCUUUCACGAGACGAGCGGUCCCAAAGAUGAGCUCCUUCCAGGCCCCCAUGGUGCCGACGACGUGCAUCAACGGAGUGGGCAAUAACGACACGCCGGAGCAGCUGGUUUACUGGGACGGCGACUUCGACGCGGAACCCGAGAUAGUGUAUGGCGACGGAGACGAUACCAUCAAUUUGAUCAGCAUGUUGGCGUUCGACGAGAAGAUGCGUCGGCAGCAGGAGCAGAACAAGCUGUACAAGUCCAUCAAACUUCAUGGGGCUGGGCACGGUACUAUUGUGACAGAGGACUGGGCGCUCAAGCGGGUCAUGCAAGAAAUCCUCGAAGCCAAUCGUAUUUGA